AUGUGCCUGCACUUUCAGGAGGCCUCCAUGCUGAGGACCCCAGGCGCCCAGAACCGUAACCCCACUGCCACCACUUUUUCUGUUGCAGGGGGGCUGCUGAGUGCAGAAGGGGUUGCUCUGCGAGGGGGAGAGGAUGAUCAACUAAGUGUCGCGGAGUUGGCCACCUUCCCAGGACUGUCUGAGUCGGACAGCAUGCCCCGCAGCCCCCGGGAAGAGGAGGAGGAGGAGGAAGGGGAGGAAGAGGAGGAGAGUGCUGGAGAGAACCGGCUGGAUGGGGACGAGGAGCAGCCGCCCCCUCCAGUGCUUCCCUGGAGGCGACACCUCUCCAUGGGGAGUCGGCACCCCGAAGACAAGCCAGCCCACCGCCGCUUCCGCCGGCUCCACCACCCCAUGGCCGUGGACCUCGGGGAGCUCGACAGCCUGGUGGCCAGCAUCAUGGACGCGCCCACCAUCUGCCCGGACUGCGGGGAGAGCUUCAGCCCGGGCACCGCCUUCCUGCAGCACCAGCGCAUCCACCGCCUGGCCGCGGCCGCCGCGGGCCUCCAGCCCUUUGACUUCGCCGGCGAGUGCGGCGCGGUGGUGGGCGUGGCGGGGGGCUGCGGGGCGGGGCCCGCGCUGGCCCGGCCCCCCAGCGAGAAGCCCUUCCGCUGCGGCGAGUGCGGCAAGGGCUUCAGCCGCAACACGUACCUCACCAACCACCUGCGCCUGCACACGGGCGAGCGGCCCAACCUGUGCGCCGACUGCGGCAAGAGCUUCAGCUGGCGCGCCGACCUGCUCAAGCACCGGCGCCUGCACACGGGCGAGAAGCCCUACCCGUGCCCCGAGUGCGGCGAGGCCUUCAGCCUCAGCUCGCACCUGCUGAGCCACCGGCGCGCGCACGCGGCCGCCGGCCAGGCCGGCCCGGCGGCGCUGCGCCCCUUCGCCUGCGGGGAGUGCGGCAAGGGCUUCGUGCGCCGCUCGCACCUGAGCUCGCACCUGAUCCGCCACCGCCGCAUCCACACCGGCAACAAGCCGCACAAGUGUGCUGGCUGCGGCAAGGGCUUCCGCUACAAAACGCACCUGGCGCAGCACCAGAAGCUGCACCUGUGCUAG